AUGUUGAUGGACACGCCUGCUCCAGAUAUUCCCUCAAGUGGAACCAGUUCCGUGAUCAAGGAACUACACUCCAAUUUGGCACUUUCGCAGACGACAGCACAGGAAGUAAAUACACCAAACAAAACUUCGAGAAGAGCAAAAAAGAAAGCGAAAAAGCGGGAAAAAAAGAAAGACAAGAAAAAAUUCAGAAACGAAUUCAACAAAAGUGUUAAAAAGUUAAUUGAAGACGGUCACGUGCCUGGAAGUGAGAGUGUAGUCGGGGAUGUGACCCCGGGGCAGAUAAAUGAGCCCGAGUCGAGCACUGUCAUUUGGUCCCCGGCCCUAGCGCGGUCAAGCAACGCAUCUAUGGGGAUCGAGGAUAAUGAACACGUGCAUGAAUUUUUGCAUUCUUUUCUGUUGGGCAGAAGUGACGAUGACAAUGGUCCCCCGUUGAUGAAGCUGGGGGGAAAUACACAGCUUCAUCCUCUCCCUCGACAACAUUUAUUGGACCAUAAUCCCGCACAGGAUUCAUUACAAGGUGAUCACGUGAGGAAUUUAGUAAAUGUUGCUGAAAGCACAACAGUGACUGAUGAUUCAGUGCAAAUUCGUGAUGACACAACUUCAAAUAUUCGGGCGUCGUCAGCCACUCCCACUGCACCCUCGUCACAGGAUCUCGAGGGGCCGGGACAGGACCACGGGGGUGACGAAGAUGAUCCCCAUCCCACGGCCAAGGAGAGCAGCAUGGCUGGGGGUGUGGAUUCCAACGUCAAGGAGAGCAGCAUGGCUGGGGGUGUGGAUUCCACCGUCAAAGAGAGCAGCAUGGCUGGGGGUGUGGAUUCCACCGUCAAAGAGAGCAGCAUGGCUAGGGGUGUGGAUUCUAUCAUGAAGGAAAGUGACAUGACCGCGAACACAAAUUUUACCAUAAAGGAGAUUGACGCGGAUAGUGCCACGGGAGAAGGAGAGGACUCAAAACAGGGUAUUACCAUACAUAUUCAUCACCCCCCUCGACCCGCGGAUAAAAACAAAACGCUGUCACUCAAAAGAAAAUGGAAGAAGAGUUGCAAGAAAGACUACUAUAACAGACCACAGGGUCGCCAAUGUUGUCUCCGGGCUGUCCGCUGUUUCGACCAUCUUCCAGAGAUACUGGAGGAAAUAGACAGCUAUGAUGACACACAAGCAAACAAGUUGUUGGUCUGCAGCCACGUUCGGAGUUCCCUAACAUGUAUGAGUACUGCGCUGAAACAGAAACAGUGCCGAAGUACUGCCAAGGAUAUCAACGAAAAAUUUAAGCCACAACUUACCGUUAUCAACAGAUUUUUCGACCCACACUGCGUCAAUAUAGGACAGGAAACGACGACUCCAUCAGCCCGAGGCGAAGGUCACCAAGGAUCUGGUGGUGACAGUCACGUGAAUGCUGGGAUCAUAGGGGCCAGUGUUGGAGGUUUCAUUCUGAUAGGAAUACUCGUUCUUAUUUGCCUUUUCAUCAAACGGAGGAUGCCAAAAAGAAGCCAAUCAAAGAAGACUUCUCGCGAUAACGACAUGAACAAUAAACGUGAAUCGUCUCGUUACAAGGAUAUGGAGUUUAACCAGGUUCAGAGACAGCACUCAGACGUGUAUGCGGAAAUCGACGAGCGUUCCAUGAAUUCAUUCCGAAAUCCGGAAAUGAACGGUUACCUCGAACCAGAUGGAGUGCGACCUCUACCAUCUGCCCCUCCGAACGGAACAAUCCCGGAGGACCAGCAAGGUUAUCUAACUCCCCAGAUCCGGAAGGACAGUGUCCCUGUACCCGAAGAAGCUUCUGGAGGUUACACAGUGUUACAGAGCGCCGAGGAUGGAACGGUGUCGUAUACAACCCUCCGACCCGCCGAACCCGACGACGACGCCGAUUACAUUUCUCCAGACGAGGACGCAGCCUCACCAAAACGACGAAGUGUUCCCGGGUCACAGGUCGGCAAGUCUCAACCCAUACCAAAGCCGAGACAGCCGUCCACGGGGGAGGAACCUUACCACGCCUACUUCAUACUAGAAAAGGAAAAUAUUGAACACGUGUGAACGCUACAGGCAUGUUACAAUUUUCGGUGUUCAGAAAAUACUAUUCCAUCUAGCUUGUUGGGUUUACGUAGCAGUCAUACCAAAAAGUGCAUGAAACCAUUAUU